AUGUCAGGCCUGCGCAAUAUCGCCAAAGGGGGCUGGCAUCCGGGUGGUGGCAAGGAUAGCGGCGGUAGCAGCAGCAGCAGUGGAGGAGGCAGCGGAUGGCGCUCCAAGAUCAACGACAAAAUCCCCGGCCGCAUCAACGACAGGAUCCCAGGGAGCACGAGUAAGAGCGAGAGAGAACGCAUAGAGGCAAGGGAAAAUCAUGUAUCGCAGCCUUUGACUGCCUUGAGAGACCCUGCCUCGUUCGCACCUCCACCGAAACACGUACACUACCAUGGCCAAGCAGCAGCCAGUGGCUCCUCAAGCGCUCUUUCCACCACAUCUAGCUACUCUAGCAAUCCUGCAACCACAGCGGCCACACGUGGGCUGGGUGCUCCUCUGCCCAAGGAAAUGAUCCAGCAGCAGCAGUACGCUCAACAACAAGCAGAGCAAGAAGAAGAGGAAGCUUCUCGCCCACCACCGGGACCUUACCGCGUAGACACAACUGGCCUGUCAACUGCCAAUCUGCCCAAGCCUCCUGUGCGGCGUGUCGACACUUCCUCUCCUGCCUCUCUCUCCUCGCAACCCAGACCUCCUCCACGUCAGAUCGCUCCAUCUCCCGCCGCUCGCGCUCCCCUGCCUCCUCCUCGCUCAACUCCCACCCCUCCUACUGCCGCACCUCGCCAACAACCCGCAUUACCACCGAGACUCCCUCCGCGACAGAACUCGAAUCCCGAUCUAAACACUCCCCCACCUCCUCCUGCCUACUCGGAAGCCGUCCACGCACCUGUCCACGUAUCUGCUCCAGAUCAAGGCGCCAUGAAUCGACUUGCUCGUGCUGGUGUCAGUGUGCCAGGCUUCGACAUUGGUUCCAGGACUCCACCAGCCCCUGCUCCCUCGCAACCAUCUCAGAUGAACGAGUUACAAUCGCGCUUCUCCAGAAUGUCAUCCUCCAACUCCACGAAUGACCAACCAUCACAAUCCUCGAAUGCAGUGUCCUCACGCUUCGGAAACAUGGUUUCACGUCAAGCAAGCAACCCACAGGUUCAAUCUCGUCUCGCAGGACUGGCUUCCUCGCCCACUGUCCGAAACCACGCUGCGAACAUUGCUUCAUCACCUGCUGUUCAGAAACAAGCGGUCCAGCAUGCCGGUACCUUUGCUUCUGCAUCCGGUGCCUCUCCACAGCAGGCACAGGCUCUGCAGUCAGGCUUCUCGCGGGUCGCUGCCUCACCUACAGCCAUGAAUCUCGCUACUCAACACGCUGGUACUGUUGCUUCGGCCGCUUCGUCUUUCACCCCAAAUGCUGCUGCUGGGAAGAAGCCACCUCCUCCACCACCGAAAAAACGAGAGCUGCAGGCCGAUGCUCCGCCAGUCCCGUUGUCGAGCAAGCCUAGAUUUUGA